GAAAGGAAAAUAAACUAACCAAACACCCUCUAAACGGAAAGUCAAAUCUUUUUAUUUCAACCCAACCAUCCAUCCAUCAGAAGUGAAAAUAAAACCGGCCGAAGAAGACGGAUCGUUUCGGCGGCGGCGGCGGCAAUGGAAGCAGAAAAAUUGAAGUCUGAAACGAUGGUGAUUGAAGAAUGGAGCGGAACUUCUUCAAACAAACUUUCAUUAACCGCCGUUAUAUCUGUGUCAUCUUCUUUCUCUGUAAAAACUCACGGUAACCGAUUCAAUCUUUUCACCAGAAGAUUCCUAGAAGCUUUUGUUCCUGAGGGGUUUCCCAGCAGCGUGACCCCGGAUUACACCCCUUUCCAGACAUGGGAUUUGUUGCAGGGACUUUCAACCUACAUAAGGAUGAUGCUCUCAACACAAGCUCUUUUAAGUGCUAUAGGAGUUGGUGAAAAAUCAGCUACUGUAAUUGGCGCUACCUUCCAGUGGUUUUUGAGGGAUUUAACUGGAAUGCUUGGAGGCGUCAUGUUCACAUUCUAUCAGGGCUCAAACCUAGACAGCAAUGCAAAAAUGUGGCGUUUGGUUGCAGAUCUCAUGAAUGAUCUUGGGAUGCUGAUGGACCUUCUUUCUCCAUUGUUUCCUUCAGCCUUUGUAUUCAUUGUAUGCUUAGGGAGCUUGUCAAGAUCUUUCACUGGUGUUGCCAGUGGAGCAACUAGAGCUGCUUUGACCCAGCAUUUUGCACUUCAGAAUAACGCGGCAGAUAUAUCUGCAAAGGAAGGAAGCCAGGAGACGGUUGCGACAAUGAUUGGAAUGGCUUUAGGAAUGCUUCUUGCGCACGUUACAAUGGGACACUCAACAAUGAUAUGGUUAUGUUUUCUCUCCCUCACCAUGUUCCACAUGUAUGCUAAUUAUAAAGCUGUUAGAUGCCUUAAUUUAACUACAUUAAACUGUGAAAGAAGCUCAAUUCUUCUGCUACAUUUCAUGGAGACUAGCCAAGUUCUCUCCCCGAGAGAGGUCUCAAUUAUGGAGCAUGUCUUACCUUUAUGGAUCAGUUCUUGGAACUCAAAGAAUAUCAAGUCUUUGUAUACACGAGUACGCUUAGGUGUGAGGGUUUCCUCACUAAACAGCCUGGAAAUGAUGGAGUUAGUAAGUUCUGCCGGAUCUCUAUAUGAGAAAGCAAAAUACUUGUUACUUGAAAACAAGGGAAUGAUCGAUAUUGUUAUGCAUAAAGAUUCAACUACUAAAGAUGUCAUGCGGGGAUUUAUUCACGCCCUUGUCAUGGCAAAUCUUUUGGAUAAUAAGCUGUCAUCAUUACAUAUGGAUAGCCAAACAUGGAUGGACAAACACUAUGAAUCAUUUCUUUCGAAGCUACAAUCGUCUGGUUGGAAAAUAGAGCGCCUAUUGUCAUCAUCGAUCAUCUGGAGGGCAAACUGGAGCCGUGGAGAUUCAGAUAAAAAGAUGAUGUAGAUGGUUUCACUUAUACAAAGUUACCACCAUUAUGGCAUUAUCCACUAUGAGUAAUGGAAAUGGAUGAACAAUUGGUGAAUUCAGGCUUUGGAAGGAUUAUAUGACCACCAUAUUCUAGGAUAGUUAUAUGAAAGUUUGGGUGCAUCUACUGCGAUAUAAAAACACAUAUAUAGACCUACUGUACCAAUUAUUGUAAACGAUUAUUGCUAAUUAUAACAUAGCUCCAAAAAUUUUGCUUAUUUUGCAAGAUAGGUUAUCAUCCCAAUGGAUUGAUCCAGGAAACCUAAUAUGCUACACAAUUUGGUCAAAAAAUUGGAGUAUGAUAAUUUCAAUCUGUUACUUCGAUUUGAUCAAAUGCCAUUAAGUGUAUUUUAUUUGAAUAUAGUUAUUCUUCUUUAAA